GGGUAGUGACAGAGCCCAGACAGAGAGGCCUUUUAGACCAUGGUGUAAGGCAUUUGUAUUUUGUUUUAUGUCUUUAUCCUAAAGUGCCAUUGAAAAGUUUAUUGCAGGGAGGUGACAAGAUCACAUUUUGAGAAGAAGUUGGAGAGAAGCCUAAGUGAUUAACUGAAGCCCUGGAUGAGGACAGGAUCUCUGAGGAGAAACUGUAAGGUAGGCUGAGUACAUUCUGAGUCCCUAGGACGGUGGGAAUGAGCCAGUGGACUGCCAGCAUGCUGUGGAAAUUGCUGAUAAGCUCGCAGCCCUGCAGGCUGUGUUCUUUCAGAAAGAUGCUCUCAGCUUCAAAAUACAGACCCUCUUUAGCAUGCUUCACCUAUACAACUGAUCGUCAGUCAAACAAAGAAAAUAAAAGAACAGUGGAAAACCUCUAUAAAUUUUCAGUGGACAUCAGGAAAAUACGCAGAUUAAAAGGAUGGGUACUUUUUGAAGAUGAAACCUAUGUUGAGGAAAUUGCAAAUGUUUUACAACUACUAGGUGCCAGUGAAGCUGCUAUAGGCAGUAUUUUGGAACAGUGCCCAGAAGCAAUUGUCUGCAGUCCAACCACUUUUAACACCCAGAGAGAACUCUGGCAGUUGGUCUGCAAAAAUGAGCAAGAGUUAGUCAAAUUAAUAGAACAGUUUCCAGAAUCUUUCUUUACUGUUAAGGACCAGGAAACCCAGAAGCUGAACAUUCAGUUCUUUCAAGAGUUGGGACUCAAAAAUGUGGUCAUUAGCAGAUUUUUGACAACUGCAUCUAAUAUUUUUCAUAAUCCUAUUGAGAAAAAUAAGCAAAUGAUAGGUAUUCUCCAAGAGAGUUAUCUAAAUUUAGGUGGCUCCGAGGCCAACAUGAAAGUUUGGUUACUGAAAUUAUUAAGCCAAAAUCCAUUUAUUUUGCUAAAUUCUUCUGCAGCUAUAAAGGAAACACUAGAAUUUCUCCAGGAGCAAGGUUUCACAAACUCUGAAAUUCUCCAGCUUCUAUCCAAACUCAAAGGAUUUCUUUUUCAGCUUUGCCCAGGAAGUAUACAGAACAGCAUUUCCUUCUCUAAAAAUGCUUUUAAAUGCACAGAUCAUGACCUGAAGCAAUUAGUUUUGAAAUGUCCUGCCAUUUUAUAUUAUUCUGUUCCAGUUUUGGAAGAGAGAAUUCAGGGAUUACUGAAAGAAGGAAUUUCCAUAGCUCAGAUAAAAGAGACGCCAAUGGUGCUUGAAUUAACUCCACAGAUAGUACAGUACAGGAUAAGGAAACUGAAUUCCCUAGGCUGUAGAAUAAAGGAUGGACAUCUAGUAAAUCUAAACGGAACAAAAAAAGAGUUUGAGGCUAACUUUGGCAAAAUUCAGGCCAAAAAAGGAAGGCCAUUAUUUAACCCUGUGGCACCAUUAAAUGUUGAAGAGUAACUUGGGGACUGCUGCUGCUUUCUAGCAUUGCAGAGUGAAGCUGAGGGGCAAAGACUUAAGUGGUUCAGGCAGUUUACAGGCACUAGUAAUUUUAAGAAACUACUUAGCUUCUGAGUUGUGUCUAAGUUACCUCUGAGUAGAUAAUCUCGGAUUCAUUUGCUAUAUUUUAAACUAUAAACUGCAUUUAUUUUAAAUAAAGUUGGUAAUUUUUACCUUGAACUGCUAUGUCAAAAAACUCCUGUACUAGUGAAUGGCACAUCAGAGUGAU